AUGGCAGCCAGGGCCCCUUUAUCCAAUGAAGAUUACACGGUCGGAUGGAUAUGCGCCUUACCCCUAGAGAUGGCAGCCGCAAAGCUCAUGUUGGACGCCAUACACCCGAGUCUGCCUCGCCCACCGACAGAUCAAAAUACGUAUAUUCUGGGAAAUAUCGGGGAUCACAAGAUCGUUAUUGCCUGUUUACCAAGUGGCGCAUGUGACAAUGUAUCAGCUGCUACGGUAGCGAUGCAGUUGCUCUCGAGUUUCCGCCGUAUCCGGUUCGGUCUGAUGGUCGGUAUCGGUGGAGGUGUACCAAGCAGUAAUGCAGAUAUUCGCCUGGGCGAUAUUGUGGUGAGCCAGCCAGCUGACACAUACGGAGGUGUGAUCCAAUACGACCUGGGUAAAGCGUUAAGCGGCGGACAAUUCCAGCGAACAGGGAUGCUGAACCGGCCACCCAAGGUUCUAUUGACUGCCCUCGCUACACUUCAGGCCCACCAUAUCACAAAAGAUAGUCAAGUUCUUAAAUUCAUUUCUGACGCCCAAAAUAAAACGACGUCGCGGACAGCUACUACAGACUUCAAACGACCAACCAAAGAGGAUCUUUUAUACCAAACAGAUUAUGACCACGGAGCAUCUGAUACAUGUGUCAAUUGUGAUCAGUCUAAAUUGACUCCACGGCCUCCACGAGACUAUCAAGAACCAGUGAUACACUAUGGACUGAUUGCAUCUGCGAAUCAGGUAGUUGAAAAUGGCGCACAGCGAGAUCAGCUGGCUCGAGACCUAGGGGUCCUCUGCGUAGAAAUGGAAGCUGCGGGGCUUAUGAAUGACUUUCCAUGCGCAGUCAUUCGAGGCAUUUGUGACUAUGCGGACUCACACGAGAAUAAGGAAUGGCAAGGAUAUGCGGCAGCGGUGGCAGCGGCCUAUGCAAAAGAGCUUGUCUUGCAGGUUCCAAUUGAUCAGAUUGAAAUUACGCCGCCAGCACGAGACAUGCAUGUCGACCCACGUCUGGUUUUGGAUCUGCACGAAUUAGCUACAAAAAAACGAAACAUGAAUGAUGACGAUUCAGAAGGAUCAUCACUCUGUUCGGAUAUCUCUGCAAGGAAAAAGCCUCGUCUGCAUUUCUCUAGGUCCUCAGACCCCGAGGAAAGUGACUCAACCGACGGUGACGGUAACAGCAUUUCCAAUGAGAGCAAUCAAGAGAAUGUGCAUAAUAUCUUAGAGCCUCCAGAUGCUUCUCAGGGUACUGAAAGCUAUGCUAGUGUUUCAGAAAGACCAACAGCUGAAGAUUCAACAAGCGAAAACGGCUCAUCUGAUUGGUAUGAAUUCUCCUCGUUGGAAGACCUCUGUUCUAAAAACAACACCUAA